GCUUAGAUCGUAUUGAUUUUUCCGUCUUUAUGGUUCUCAGAUCCAUUUUAGGGUUUUUUCAAAAUUUGUUUAGGUCAGUAAGCUAUACGAUUAUGGGAGAUUCUGGAGAUGUAAGCACGGACACAAAAUUGUUUCAAGUGAUCGUGCCACCGAUACCAAAACUUGGCGACUCGCAUAUGUUCUGGUCGUGGCGAAUGCUUGUUAAGACUUAUCUGUCGGCCAUCGGACUUUGGUCAAAAAAUCAACCAACAGAGAGUCCCCACACUAAGUUUGUACUUCUGAGCACCUUGGAAAUGUGGGUCUUAAGAAAGGAGUAUGACGACAUGUCAUGCAGGUCUAUUUUCGAAGAUCUCGACGAGAGAUUCACAAGCGGUGUUGACAGAAGGAACUCAAGGGAAAUUUUUAUCUAAAACCGAAGUCCAACUUUUUAGUUUUUAUGGAAAAUGCAAUUAGGAAGCCAUGCAUAUUUGCGAAAACCACUUAUAUAUUGUAAUAUUCCAUUGUAAUUCCUCCAUUGUUGAAGAGAAAUCUUUAUUCAAACUAAAUAUUUAAUUAUAUUUUAUCUGUUAUCUGUUGUAAGAUAUACCGAAUUAGAAAAUGUAUAAAAAGAAGCACGCAAAAACGAAUGCCAAAUAAAAAACACCAAAAACACCAACAA